GUUUUGCAAGAUCUUAUCUUCAUUUCAGCCCAAAUACAUCCUCAAUUAAAAACUUCACCAAUAAUCCCUCUCUCUCUCUCUCACAUCUCUUUCUACAUUUCAUGUUGUGGUUGACUUUCUAAGCCUUCACGUCCCCGAAUAAAACUUUCUGCUAAAUCAAAUUGCCAUGGCUGACCAAACCAGUUUUUGUUCCCUUUCUUCUCAUUUCACGUUGUUAUUAUUAUUAUUCCUAGAGAUAUGAACAACACCACAGAUGACUCGUCUGGGUUCUUAGGUUCAAACAGUAUCGGAGGUUUUGGCUAUGGCAUCGGGGUUUCAGUUGGGAUUCUUUUUCUCAUCACGACAAUCACUUUAGCUUCCUAUUUUUGCACCCGGACGCAGCAGAAUAAUGGGCAGGGGGGCCAGCAGCCGCCGCACCGGGGGCAGGAUCAUGACCCUCCUCUCAAUGUUGUCAUCGAUGAAGGCCUCGAUGAGUCCACCAUUAAAAGUUACCCCAAGUUGCUUUAUUCCCAAGCAAAACUUCAGAAAAAAGAUUCAACUGCGACGUGCUGCUCGAUAUGUUUGGCGGAUUACAAAAGUUCUGAUAUGCUUAGGCUUCUGCCUGACUGCAACCAUCUCUUUCAUGCCAAAUGCGUCGAUCCAUGGUUAAGAUUGCAUCCAAGUUGUCCCGUCUGUCGAACGUCGCCAUUGCCGACGCCGCAAUCGACACCUUUGGUUGAAGUUGUUCCGUUGGCGGCCAGCAGGCGAAACUAGUUGAUAAUUGUUUUUGUGCUAUCAUAUUAGCAAAAUCAUAUGCUGCAUACUUUAAACAGUUUGUUAAACUUGUAAUUUUUUUCACUUUUCAUAUUUCUGUAGAUCCGGAUUCUAUAUGCUAUAAUUAAUUAAUGAUAUUAAGGAGGAAAUUAAUCA